ACAAAAGCAAUGUCUGAUAAUUUGAGACAGAAGCGCUGGUGGGUUUGGGAUAGUUGUGUUGAUAACGGAGGCGGAGUUAGAAAACAUGUGUGCUUUCCUUGCCCCUCCCGCCCCGCUGUCGAUGUGAAUCAUUUUUCUUAGAAGGCAACUUUUCAAUUUUAAACAAGUUUACUCAUCGAGGAUUUGUGGAUUGAAGAGAUUUGAGGUCAACUGGUGGGUGGCCUCACUUACAUGAAACUACAGUAAUAAUAAACAAGUCGAGGAGCGAGACAGGAGUGAGGUGCUAGCGGAGUUUGUGAAGACUCACAAGAGAGCGGGGCAUUAGGGUUAUGCAAUUUGAUUUGCUCCUAAACAGACUACAAUUAAAAAAACAUCUGCGUGCUUUAUUUAUUUAUUUAUUUUCAACGGAGUUGCACAGUGGUGUGUUUUUCAUUACGAGCAGUAAAAAAAGCAAGCUGUGGUGCCAAACAGAAAGAGAGGACUAGCAUCCUGAUUUUCAAAGUUCUAAGGAAAAAAAAGGCGCUGUAUUUCUGCACUAACAAGCUCCGGCUGUAAAGUAAGCGCUGGUGAUUGCCUGGUGUCGUUGAAAUAUUCUUGGAUUGGACUGUAUAACACAGGCAGAAAAGGGUCUCCACAUGCACUUCCUUUUUUAAAAUAAACAAGUCUCCAAAACAUUAACCAACAACCACAGAAAAGCAGCUUGGUUGAGAUACUCUUCACAGAAGUGACGUCUGGAUGACUGGGGCAGUGGAGACACUGCAAGCAAGUUUAACCAUCAUCAGCUCAGGAGAAUACGAGGCUCUCUUUUGGAGACACUGAAGCUGGCCAAGGAUGGAGGUGUUACGAAGGUCUUCUAUUUUCGCUGCAGAGGUCAUGGAGGCAUUUGACCGCUCCCCCACAGAUAAGGAGCUGGUGGCCCAGGCCAAGGCUCUGUGCCGAGACUUCAUCCAUUCCAGGCUGAACAGAGCAGGGAUCGGCUGGUCCAAACCAGAGCAUGGGCUCCUUGCCUCAGGAGGGACCCUAGGAGAGGUGUCUACUGUGCUGCUGAUACUGGGGGAUGAGCUGGAGUACCUUCGACCGAACGUGUACCGCAACGUAGCGCGGCAGCUCAACAUCUCGGUGAACUCGGAGAACAUGGUUUCAGACGCAUUCCUAGCUGUGGCUGCAGAGAUGUUCUCCACAGGUAUUACAUGGGGGAAGGUGGUCUCUCUGUACACCGUGGCCGGGGGGCUGGCGGUGGACUCUGUGCGCCAGGGACAGCCGGCAAUGGUGCACACCAUCGUGGACUGUCUGGGGGAGUUCGUCCGCAAGAGCCUGGUGACCUGGAUCAAGAGACGGGGCGGAUGGGCUAAUAUAAGCACGUGUGUAGAGAACAACGACUCCAGUUUCCAGAAGAACUGGUUCAUCAGAGCUGUCUGCACCAGUGGCUACUUCCUAAAAGCUGUUUUCUUCUACCUGCUGCGGGAGCACUGAGAUCCUUGGUUUGAGUGCCAGUCUGGGAGCCCACCCAGAAACUGCAUAUGAAUUGCAGCCCAGAGGACAGACACAAUGACAGAGAGGACAGACAACCCAGACUCAAGCCACACCCUGCUUGUGAGAUCUGAUCUCACCAGCGGAGAACACUUCUACAACACCUGCAGCCUCAACCAUAUGUCCUGGUCUGUCUUACACCCCCGCAUGGAAAGCUUUAAACAACAACUAAACAACAAAGUACAAGCACAGACUAUUCAGCAUAUUUUUAAAUGUUUAGGCACUGUUUUAUUGGACUCUACAGAUCAACGGUGUUAAUUGUUUUCAAUUGUAAUGUUUUACAUAUUACCACCACAAAAUGUAUUUUAUUACUUGUGGCACCCGUGGCAUGAUUUAUAGUUUUCCAACUGCAAUAUGACUGCAAGGUGAAUGAAUACUGUAAUGUACUUAAGCAUCUUUGCUGAUCAAGUCCAUCCAGCAGAGCUGCAAUUAUACCUUGAUGCCGAUGGCUACUUUCCAGAUGAUAAUGCACCCAUCCACCAUGCCAGAAUUGUGCUGGAAUGGUUUGAGGAACAUGACAGAGACCUCUGCCAUAAUCCCUCGUAUGAACGUGACCUUUGGAUUUGUCAUCAGGAUCCUUUCUCUACCUAUGCACUAUUUAUGCAAAAUAUUAACGACUGAAUGGAUUAACAUAUUUUGAGAUAUCUUGUGGAGUCUUUGCCAUGUUGUGUCAAGGCUGUGAUGAGGGCAAACGGUGGCACAGUCUGGUAUUAGAUACAUGUCUUUAUAAUGUGUGCAGGCAGUGUAUCUCUCACCUGCAGUGCUCGCUGUUAACUGUGAUCCAGUUUUCAAAUCUAUCUGAAAGUGGACUGGUCUGCACACCAGCUCUGUAAAAGAAAGUAAACAGGGCAUACUGAUCUUUAUAAGGGAAGGGAGUUUUAUUUUCCUCAUUCUGGUUUUCAUAAGAGUUAAGGGUUCUGUUUUAAUAUGUCUCUAUUGAAGAGGGUGUUUGCCAAGUCUGUGAACUGGCAUUACUCAGCCAUCAGAAUCAAUCGGUAGUCUGUAAACAGGGCAAGGUGUGGAGACAAGAAAGGGGUUCUUUAAAGUGUGGUGACAGUACUGGAGAGCCGAGACUGGAUCGCUGAAGUACAAAGACAAAAUAAUUUCAACGCAUUGUACCAUUUCACAAUUAUAAUGUUUUCCUUUAUAACAGAUGCACAAUAAGUUGUAUACAUGUAUUUUUUUCAAAACUAAAUUAACUGCUCACACCUUUCAGAUAUUUCAAAGCUACACUUCCACUUGCAAAUGACACCAUGUAGGAUGGAUCUGUUGCUCAUUUUGCUGCUUGUAGUGUACCACUGCCACCCUGAGGUGAAGUUUAAAAUGACACCCUAUAAUAAUUGAACAGCAGGCAUCACACACACAGUAUAAAUGUGGUCCUCACAGCUGUGUCGGCCACGUUGUACCUGCAGGAAUGUUGUGUCCAUGAUGUGUAAUGCUGUAGUAAGUUGUUCACUAUAUAGGCCUAGAUAAAGGACAGCACUUCUGUACAUGCCCACAAUUCUGCAUUGAAGUGUAAAGUACGCUACGCUUCUUUCUGAGCUCAAGAAUUACAGUACAAGUGUUGAAACGCUGACUAUGCAAUUACAGGGCUUUUGGUUUGUAAGAAAUGUUAUUAAAACAUGUUUUGAAUACUA